UACUCGAAUCUGUCGUAGAUUGCAGCGUUUUCUAGUCUGUUUUGUAUUCAAACACCCGGUGGGCCAAGCAGGAUCUUGUUGUGGACAAAAGGAAUACCCAUAGCUACUAAUUCAUUUAGUACUAUUCAUUGACUCGUUCGCGAAACUCUCCUUGCAGAACUGAAUCGUUAAGCCGUAGUCAUCACUUUCUAGCUAUAGAGAGGACAGCAAAGGAAGUGCGAAAGGAAGAAAUCACCGAGAAGGAACCUGCCCGUGCUGAUCAAUCGAGUGCAGGGCGCAAGAGACACCAUACAAUUGCAACACGUGCAGUAAGGAACGAAUAGUCAUUUAUUUCUCAUUGACAUCAAUAUGCAUAUGUUGAAGACGGACCGAUUACGUAACUCGAGAGAAAUACGAAUUUAAAGGAAAAGGAAAACAACCAAUCGUCAAACGAUACGAUUGGUGGGCUGACGGAAGAUCAAGGGACCAGUGGCAGUGUAGUGGGAAAGAACAGAAAGCAAUCUUCUUCUCGACUUGUUGGAAAAGAAGGUGGUAGAAAGAUACCGUAUACAAACAGUACUUGUGUUGCUGAGCAAGAGAGGGCCGAACUAAAAGCAGCGUGUUACGGCUGGAAGGACAACUUGAUUGGCACUGCAAGGCAAACUUGCAUCUGCAAAGAAUGUCCACAGAAGCAGGGCAAACAAAAAGACGAUUGUCAAGAAACACGAUUGAAAGCGAAGAAAGAUUGGCAGACACAUCCACGAACAAACCAAACAAAGGCGCCGAUACCGAAACACAAACCGGCGAACCACUAAGAUCACGGCAACAACAACAUGGCACCGAUGGGGACAAAACAAAGAAUGUAGGCGAGCAGCCCGGGACGAUCGGCGAGGGAAGCGCGGACACCGGGGCACCAGAUGCUUUGGGCAAGCCGGUUCCCGACGACACAAGUCACCAGAACGUGGUCCCCGGAGAUGGAACGCGACAGAUCAUUGCCGUGAGUGCCAACAAGAAUCCUACUGCUUUCUUCCAACUGGCCCGAAAGUUUCUCAUGACCAACGAAAUGUGCGACCUUUCGGCACUCGAGGGUGCCAUAGUUUCCGCGGUAGAUGCCGCUCAUCUACUGGAACGAUCGAAACUCGCAACGAUAGUUAGGUAGGUCGUGUUUGUGUAUGGAACGAGGAACAAUAAUGAUGCUGUUGAUGUUACGUCCUAGGGCUUUCUGUUUGUAUUUGUGUAGUGGAAACGAUCACGGCACUCAAUAUCUUAUUCCUUCCAUUUCCGAUUCAACAGCAUAAAUACCUCUUACGUAAACGUCGAACCCAAGCGAAGAAGACAGCAGAAAAGUGAGGAACCAACUUCUGAAGCUAUCAAAAAAGAAGGGGUGCCAUCAAUCCAAACUUCUAGAAACACAAUGCAGUCUUCCCGAUCACAAGCGGUUCCCGCAACGAACGACCCGAGCAAUGCUACCGGGACGAAAGAGAAUCCAUCCGCUCUGUCCACGCCAUCCAAGCCCGCAACCGACCACUCCACAGAUACCGCGGAAAGCAGUGUGGACGAAACCGGGCGCGGGAUGCAGCAACAGCAACAAUCUUCGCCUGCAGCUGCUGUCACUCGAAGCGCCACAUCGUCUGGGAGUGGUACCACCCGCGAAUUGAGGCGAGCACGAAUAUUGGUGACGGUGAAACGAACCGAAAGCUACAAGCGAUGGUUAGAAGAGAAUCCUAUUCAACGGCAAGCGAUAAUAGCCGGUACUGCAACCGUAACAGCAGAAGAAAUCGUUGGAAAAGAGUCUUCUUUGCCGUCGUCAAAAUAACCACAAUCAUAUCCUCACUACCAAAACGAAACAAAUAUUAGGAGUGAAUAAAAUUGAAAUCCUCACGGUCUCGUGUAAAGUAUGAUAUGGCAUGACAUCAUGACAAAUAUCUAAAAUUAUGGCGAUCAACAAAUUGAUACGAAGUAAGAUAGAGAAUUUAGAAUAAAUAGUGGCCAAAGUA